AUGGAGGAAGGGAAGAAGACCGACGACGUCGUUUACGAUCCGUCCAACCACAGCCCGAGGGCGAGUCGUGGACUCAAGAUGAAGAAAAGGCCGUCACUGGACUGGUAUCUCGUGCCUCUCCUCGUCGUCGGCUUCUACGUCCUCCAGCUCGACCGAACCAACAUCAGCAACGCCCUCACCGACACCCUGACGCAAGACCUCGGCAUCACCAACAGCCAAGUCAACAUUGGCAACCAGCUGAUGCUGGCCGGUAUUGUGAUUGCGGAAAUCCCCUCCAACCUGAUUCUGCAGAGAGUCGGCGCCCCGGUCUGGCUCACACUGCAGGUCGCGAUCUGGGGCACGAUCGCUCUAAUGCAAGCUUGGUGCACCAACGUCCAAUCCUUCUACGCAACGAGAAUGCUCUUGGGGCUGUUUUAG